CCGCCCCCCCCCCCUCUCCCCUGCUGUAAGGGUCCCGCCCGCUGCCGCCCCCCGCACACACCAGGCAUGUCCCUCCUCGCCAACCUCCCGACGGCCGAGAGCCUGGGAGCCAUGACCGCGGCCACCGCGUCGACCCUGGUGGCUGGGCUCACCCCCACCAAGCUGGCAGUCACCGCCGUCAUUCUCAUUUGCACCUCGCUCGUGGUCAUGGUGGGCAAUGUCUACUACGAGGCCCAUAAGAAAUUCCAAGUGAUCGACAACAUGCACCAGCCAAAGCGCUGGUACCCGAUCUUCGGCCACUCGCUGGACGUGCCGCUGGACAAGUCCAAGCGCGAGGAGUACUUCACCAACCUGACGGUCCGCGCGCCGGAGGGGCUGAGCUCCUUCUGGCUCGGGCCCAUCGGUACGGUGUUCCUCCACUCGCCGGAGCACAUCAAGACCAUCCUUGGCAGCACCAGCGCCCACACCAAGAAGGGCUGGAUGUACAACAUGGUGAGCCCCUGGCUCGGCGGGGGCCUGCUCCUGUCGCACGGGAAGGAGUGGACCGAGCACCGGGAGCUGAUCACCCCCUCCUUCAAGAGCGCCAACCUGGAAGCCCUGCUGGACAUCAUGGACGCCCAGGCCCGGGUGCUGGUGGCCAAGAUCAAGGAAAUCAUCGCCGCCAGCCCGCCCGGGCACAACUUCAAUGUGUACAACAACAUUGUCACCUGCGCCUUGGACAUCAUUUGCGAAACGGCCAUGGGCAUCGACCUGAAGUCGCAGAACUCCCACGAGCAUGAUGCCUACAUCGAGGCCAUCAAGUUCAUGACCGGCAUGCUGCUGAAGCGGGCCUUCUCGCCGCUGCUGCGCAAUGACCUGCUCUUCUCCCUCUCCCGGCAUGGGGCCCAAUUCCGCCACCACUUGAAGGUCCUGCACGGGAUGACCAGCCGGGUGAUGCGCGCGCGCCGGCGCCUGCUGCAGGAAACCCCGGCGCUGGCCAUGGCCGCCGGAUUCCGCAUCAGCGACCCGGGGCCCACGACGCCGGUUCAUGGCCCGACCGGGGGCCAGGGCACCGGCACCGCCGGGCGUCCGGCCACCAGCCCGGACCUCGGCCACAUGGACUCCGGCGACGAGGACCUGGGCAUCACCUGGAAGGAUGAGGCCCGCCUGCGGCCGGUGUUCCUGGACCACAUGCUGGCGGCCCAGGCCACCCGGCGCGGCGACCCGGCCGCCAAGCAGAUCACCGACGAGGACAUCAUGCGCGAGGUGGACACCUUCAUGUUCGCCGGGCACGACACCAUGUCCACCUUCCUCGGGUGGGCCACCUACUGCGCGGCCCAGUACCCGGCCCAGUCGGCGGCCGCCAUCCAGGAGCUCGGGGACUUCGCCACGCGCUUCGGCCUGCUGGACCACCCGCUGAAGAGCUCGACCGAGCGCAUCGACGUGCCGGUGCGGUACACCACGCGCGAUCUCCUGCGCGGCCUGCCGCACACCGACAGCUUCGUGCAGGAGGUCAUGCGCAUGUAUCCCAGCGUGCCGCAGCUGGGCCGCGAGGUGACCGAGCCGGUGCAGCUCGGUGCCCACACCCUGCCGGUCGGCACCCAGGUGGUCAUCCACGUGUGGGCCCUCCACCGGAGCCCCAAGGUGUGGGGCCCGACCAGCCACCAGUUCGACCCCUCGCGCUUCGACGACUUCAAGGCCACCAGCAGUCGCAUGUACGACUUCAUUCCCUUCUCGCGCGGCGUGCGCAACUGCAUCGGCAGCACCUUCGCCUCCAUCGAGCAGCGCGUCCUCCUGGCCCACUUGCUGUCCAACUUCACCUUCACCAGCGCCCGCAAGGUGAGCGCCUUCCCGGAGGUUGUCCUGCGCCCGGUGGAGAACAUCGAGCUUUCGGCCACCUUCCGCCACCAGUGAGCGUGCGUCCCGCCGCCCGGGCCGGAGGCCAGGCAGGGGGGGGGGCCGGGCACAGGGAUGGGAGCCCGCAGUCCAGGCGCCCGGGCCCCGUGCGCCGGCCUCCCCCCUCUCCCGGUCUUCCCCGCACCUCGCCGAUGGGCGUCAUGGGGCUGGGGGUGCGCAUCUGCCUGCGCGUGUGCCGCCUCUCAGACGAAGCAUGCGCCUGCACGCGUGCCGUCCUCAUCGGCCUCCUCCUCGCCGCCCUGGCUUCUGGGCGCUGCCGCGCGGGCGUCGCUCGCGGCAAGGCGUCGCAGAUGCGCGCAGGUGCCCCUCCGUGCCCAGUCCCGGCGGGGGUGCCCAGCACACGCCCGUGUCCCACCCUCCCGCUCCUCCCUCCUUCCCCCCGCUCCUCCUCCUCCGCCCCCCCAGACGGACCAUGUCGUGGUGCAUGGCCUGUUGCCUCCACCUCGUCUGCCUCCGCGCCCUCCCUCUUGUUGUGAUACUACUUGCGCUUGGCCGCCCGCACAGGCGGCAAUCUGUUACCAGUUUCCCCAACGGUUGCCCAACUUGUGCGAGUGCGCUGUCAUGCGCAUCGUCGGCCGUCCUCCCCCGCGCCCGCGCGCCCCCUCUCGGCCGCCUUAUCCCCCCCGAAAUACAAACAGUUAACGUGUAGCGACA